AUGUUAUUUUUUAGCUUUUUCAAGACGCUAGUCGACCAAGAGGUGGUAGUGGAGUUGAAAAACGACUUGGAAAUCAGAGGCACUUUAAAGUCGGUAGACCAAUAUUUGAAUUUGAAGCUCGACAACAUAACAUGCAAUAAUGGUGAUAAAUAUCCAUAUUUACAAGCUACCAAGAACCUAUUCAUAAGAGGAUCGACGGUUCGAUACGUUCACAUGAAUCCGAAUUUGGUGGAUUGCACCUUGCUUCAGGAUGCAUCGAGGAGAGGUACGUCGUUUCAAAAUCAGCAUUGUUCCAAUUUGAUCAAACAAAAAAAAAAACCAAUGAUACUAACCACAGUUUCUUUUUUAACAGAGGCCAUGGUGCAAGCUUCAAAAUAG